AUGGACCAGGCGGACAUACCUGCGCUGCUUUCGCGGCUGGCAAGCGACGAGGAUGCCGCGCGCAAGAUGGCCGUCUUCAAGCUGCAAUCGUCCAUCAACGACCCGGCUUUUGCGGACGUCUUCAUAUCCUCGGGUGGUCUCAUCAUCCUGCGCCGCCUCAUCAUGGCCACCGGCGGCAACACACUCGCAUACUCGCUGCAGUCGCUCAGCCGGUUGCUCGAGGUCGACAUGGGCUGGGAUAUUUUCGAGGGCCCGGCGGCCAGCGACCUGGUGGAGCGUGUGGUCGAGCUGAUUGUCACGAACCCGCUCGUCAACAUUCUGCGGGGCGCCAUGAGCAUCCUGGUGGCUCUUGUCAGCCACAGUCAGUCGUCCACGGCGCGUGGCAUCGGUGUCGGGAUUGGUGCAGGCUCUGCCUCGGCUGCUCUGCGCACGAGUCCGCCCGCCAGCUUUGGGUUCCGGGCCCUCAAGCCGGCUGUUGCUGUCUACCCGCAGUUCUUUGAGCUCGUCAUCCAGCAGCUGCAGUCGGCCGACCACGCCCUCUGUGCCAACGCGCUCAUGCUUGUCAACGCGCUCAUCCGCGAUGCUGUGUCCAGCGACCCCGCGUCUGUGGCAACAGCCACAGCGGCAGCGGCAGCAGGGCCAACAACAACAGCAGCGGCGGCGGCCGCGGCGCCAGCCGCGACAACCCCAGCGACACCGGGCCCGUCUCCGGCAGCAAACGGAGUCACGAGCCCCAAGUUGGGGAGUGGUGGCGGUGGUGGUGGUGGUGGAGGUGGUGCAGGCGCAGCAAGCGAAGACUGGUCCAAGCUGAUCAAGCGGCUGCAGGACCUGGGCCUGAUCAAGGCCGUCUAUAACCUGAUGCAAAGCUCGGCGCUGCAGGACCUCGCACACCCGCUGUUGGAGUUCCAGUCACUCACCAAAGUGCUUCUGCGGAAAUGGAAGGAGGUGCGGAUCGACCUCGAGCGACCCGAGCACCGGCGUGCACUCAAGGGCCUUCACCUGGCGAGCGCCCCCGACCGGCACCACGCGGGUGCCAAUGGAGCCUCCGGUGCAGCAGCAGACACAAAGGGCAGCCGGCGACACAACCCGGAGAAAUGGCGGCGGCUGGGCUUCGAGACAGAGAGCCCGGCGUCCGAGUUUGAUACGAGCGGCUUUCUCGGCAUGAUGGAUCUGACCGACUAUGUGCGCAAGAACGAAGACGGCUUCCAGAAGCUGCUGCUGGAGCAGUCGGCGUGGCCGUUGAGUGGGCGCUGCCCCGUGGCGCGCGCGAGUCUGGCGGUGACCAUGACGCUGUACGAGCAUUUCGAGGUCGACCGGUCAGACGUCGAGGACCUGAGCAAAGACCUGCAGGGCUACUACCAGAGCUUGGACGGCGCAGGCGUCGACAGCAAGGAUGCCGAUCGGAUCUUCCGUCCACUGCUGCUGCAGUGGUCGCGCCUGCACACGGCGGGCCUGCAGGCAUUCUUCCGGCUGUGGAAGGCGACCGGCGCCGAGCGUGACGAUUUCGAAAAGGUGGCCGAGCUGGUGCGCAUCCUGAUUGAGCAGGUUGUCGGCCAAGCCGGGCGCACCAAGGACGUGGCUGAGGUCGAGGAGGAGCUGCAGGAGCACGACUGCGGGCGGCUUCGCGAGCUGCAGAUGGGCCUCUUGGAGCUUUCGUUCGAGGACCAGUGGGGCACGCACCUCUUCCAGGUGCGGGACGAGCUGCGCAUGGAGGCGCUGCAGUUUGUCAAGGAGCAGCGCAUCCGCUGUCUGCUGCAGGGCUCGUGGUUUGCGCGGCCGGUGCCGAAGCGCGACCGUGAGCACCUGCACCAGCAGUCUCUCUCGCAGAGCGGUGGGAUCCAGUCGCCGCCGCAGACGGGCCACGCACAGAAGCGGCGGCUGUACGAGCCCAAGGCCUGGCGUUUCGCCAAACUGUCGCACAACCGGCGGUACCUGCACUACGCCGACUUCCCGCUGCAGACGCCGCAGGACCCGGGCCUGGAUGCCUUGACCGAGAAGAUCGACCUCAGCACCAUCAGUUCGGUGGUGUCCAAUGUGUCCGCGACAAACGAGGACGGCGUCAGCGAGAUUGGCAGUGGCGGUGCGCUGUCCGGCGCGCGGUCCACGACGACCAAGAUUACAGUCUAUGCGUUUGAGAGCCCCGACGAAGCGGCCAAGGCGGGCAACAGCAGCAAUGGCGCGAACGGCGCGGCGGCGGACAACAGCAACGCGGACGCGUCUGGCGCCGCGACGCGCGAAGUGGCCAUCCUGACACUGCACCCAGUCAACCACUCGCUGGCGUCGGAGUGGCUCGACGGCCUGUUGAUGCUGCUGAACCAGGCGCCCAUCACGGCCGAGACGAAUAAGCUGGUGUCGCUUGUCAGCGACUAUGGACUCAAGAUCCGGCUGCUCAACGUGCGGCAAGAGGCUGCCUAUGCAGGGCCACCACCCGGCGCCGGUGCUGUGCCGAGCCGCGAGGGUCUCAACGACGACUACUUUUACGAGAUUUGA